AACGUCAAAAACAUUUGUUGUUAAUUGUUUUGUUGGUUCCUGCUAUCUGUGCUGGAAGGAAAAAAGGAAAAAAGAUCGUGAUUCUAAUCUAUUUUCAAUCAGAAUUUUACGUUUUCCGUGUACAAUCUACGUGUUACCGACGCAUUCAAACCAUUCGUGCGCGUUGCGCUCGCCUUGCAAUCUUUCUCGCCUCCGAUCCGAUACGACUACGCCAGACAAAAUGAAGAAAAAGGUGCUCCUGAUGGGAAAGAGCGGAUCUGGCAAGACCAGUAUGCGAUCGAUUAUCUUCGCGAACUACAUCGCAAGGGACACGCGAAGGCUGGGAGCGACAAUCGAUGUCGAACAUUCACACGUACGCUUCCUGGGAAAUCUUGUGCUCAAUCUGUGGGAUUGCGGUGGCCAGGAAUCGUUCAUGGAGCAGUACUUUGCCUCACAGAAGGAUAACAUCUUCCGGAACGUGGAGGUGCUGAUCUACGUGUUCGAUGUGGAAAGCCGCGAGCUGGACAAAGACAUGCACUACUACCAGUCCUGCCUGGAGGCGCUGCUCAUGAACUCACCGAACGCGAAAAUCUUCUGCCUCGUGCACAAGAUGGACCUGGUGGCGGAGGAGCAGCGGGACAUUAUUUUCAAGGAGCGCGAAGAAGAUUUGAAGCGCUGCUCGAGACCGCUAGAGUGCACAGCCUUCCGGACCAGCAUCUGGGACGAAACGCUGUACCGGGCGUGGAGUAGCAUCGUGUACCAGCUGAUACCGAACGUGAAGGCACUGGAGCAUUCGCUGAACUACUUCGCGAACGUGGUGGAUGCGGACGAGGUGUUGCUGUUCGAGCGGGCAACGUUUUUGGUGAUUUCACACUGCCAGCGAAAGCAGCACCGGGAUAGCCAUCGGUUCGAGAAGGUGUCGAACAUAAUCAAACAGUUUAAGCUGUCCUGUUCGAAGCUGGGCGCCAAGUUCUCGUCGAUGGAGGUGCGCAACAGUGUGUUUGCGGCGUUCAUAGACACCUUCACGAGCAAUACGUACGUGAUGGUUGUGAUGUCCGAUCCGUCGAUACCGUCCGAGGCGACGCUGAUCAACAUCCGGAACGCGCGCAAGUACUUUGAGGAGCUGGAAAACCCAAACAGCAACAGCAGCACCGCUAGUAAUCAUCAUCUGCAUCAUGCAGCCAUUAACCAUGGUGGGCACGGGAUGGUAAAUGGAGGCACACACCCGAACCAUUACGCUGGCAGUGGAGGAGGCUAUCACCAGUACGCUGGCCAGCAGCAGCAGCAGCAGCAGCAGCAACAACUCUACCAGCAACAGCAACAGCAGCAGGCUCACCACCUAACGCAAUAUCAAUCCUAUCACCAUAAUACAACAACGAACGCUUAUCACUGAUACCUGUACCGGAAGAAGUACUACUACUUCCGGUAAGCCAAAACGAAUACUAGGACGUGAUCUUCCAGUAGCCUGAUGCCGCCGUUGAUGAUGUUGGGGCGUUCUCCUUCGCAGUCAUUCGUUUUAAAUUUUACUUGGCAAAGCGACGACAGAACAACAAAAUAGUACGUACUGAUUCUGCCCCGGACACCCCGCCCAUAGUAGAGUAUGGCGAUUAGGAAGAGCAAACUCCACAACUAAGUCAGACGCUGGUACAUUGUCUAGUUGCGCAGCGAUCAGCACCAUAGCGGCAAGUGUUUCGGUUUUGUUUUGUUUUGUUUUUGUUUUUUUGUCCGUUUUGUCCCACCCCAUUUGUCCCGACCGAUAGAUGUGGACCACCUUGUGCCGGAGUCCUCCGGCGCAGCAGGCCGUUCCAAAUAGUUGUUUGAGGUGUAACGAUGUGUUCCUGAUAAUCUUGUUGUUGAAGAUAUUAGUCAUUUCGGGGCGUGUUAUGUUGUCGCGUGUGGGUGAGAGAGCGUAUGGUUUUCUUUUACUACUCUAUAAUGAUUACAGAGGAUCCACUCAUUUUAUGAAGGUGUUACGUACAUAUAUCGAUAUGCUUUAUUAGCUCCGGCUCGCCAUAUUAUCUCCCACUAGUAGAGUUGCACUGAGCGCUUAAAUCAAAUCUUUCCCAUUCGUUGGUACGCGUGUUCAAAUGGCCGCUUUAAACUUCAGAAACCAUUAACAAUUAUGAUCGCCAAUUUGCUGACAAAACGUCUGUUCCACAACAUCCCUCGGUACUCGGCACAACCGUGGACCAAAAUAUCUUCCUCUCCCGUUUCCUUCCAUAUACAACAAUCUAACGCCGAUGACGAUACGGGAGUGCUGUGGAAUAGGGCAGAGUAAUCGCCUGUAAAACGGAGUAAAAUACCCGAACAAACCGAAUAAUUAGAGUAAAACGUAAAACGAGAAAUGUGUAAAAAUUUUGGGACAGUUGGGACGAGGAUGCAAAUAUCCAGUAAAUGUUAUUUGAUAGUAGUAGAGGAAUUCAAACGAAAUGGCUGAGAACGUAAAGCCGAGAAGCUGUAAAGCAGUUUGUAAACAGUAAAGUAACAGCCAAACAGCAACAGGAGUACGAAUAAAACAAUAUUGAUACAAUAAAUGGGGGGGUUUUUGAUACACUA